CUUAUCACACAUCAGAGAAUCCACACAGGGGAGACGCCCUACACGUGCUCUGAGUGCGGGAAAAGCUUCAAUCGGCGCUCUCACCUUAUCAGACAUGAGAGAAUCCACACAGGGGUGACGCCCUACACGUGCUCUGAGUGCGGGAAAAGCUUCAAUUGGCGCUCUCACCUUAUCAGACAUGAGAGAAUCCACACAGGGGUGACGCCCUACACGUGCUCUGAGUGCGGGAAAAGCUUCAAUCGGCGCUCUCACCUUAUCAGACAUGAGAGAAUCCACACAGGGGUGACGCCCUACACGUGCUCUGAGUGCGGGAAAAGCUUCAAUCGGCGCUCUCACCUUAUCAGACAUGAGAGAAUCCACACAGGGGUGACGCCCUACACGUGCUCUGAGUGCGGGAAAAGCUUCAAUCAGCACACAAGCCUUAUUAGACAUCAGAAAAUCCACCUGGAAGAGAGACGCUACAUGUGCCAUGAGUGCGGGAAAAGCUUCAAUCGGUGCUCAAACCUUAUCACACAUCAGAGAAUCCACACAGGGGAGACGCCCUACAUGUGCUCUGAGUGCGGGAAAAGCUUCAAUCAGCGCUCAGACCUUAUCAGACAUGAGAGAAUCCACACUGGGGAGACGCCCUACACGUGUUCUGAGUGCGGGAAAAGCUUCAAUCAGCGCUCUAACCUUAUUACACAUCAGAGAAUCCACACAGGGGAGACGCCCUACAGGUGCUCUGAGUGCGGGAAAAGCUUCGGGCGGCGCUCUGACCUUAUCACACAUCAGAGAAUCCACACAGGGGAGACGCCCUACACGUGCUCUGAGUGCGGGAAAAGCUUCGGGCAGAGCUCACACCUUAUCAGACAUGAGAGAAUCCACACAGGGGAGAUGCCCUACACGUGCUCUGAGUGUGGGAAAAGCUUCAAUCGGCACUCACACCUUAUCAGACAUCAGAGAAUCCACACAGGGGAGACGCCCUACACGUGCUCUGAGUGCGGGAAAAGUUUCGGGCGGAGCUCUGACCUUAUCACACAUCAGAGAAUCCACACAGGGGAGACGCCCUACACGUGCUCUGAGUGCGGGAAAAGCUUCAAUCGGCGCUCUCACCUUAUCAGACAUGAGAGAAUCCACACAGGGGUGAUGCCCUACACAUGCUCUGAGUGCGGGAAAAGCUUCAAUCAGCACACAAGCCUUAUUAGACAU